AACGGCCGCGGCCACUGAAACAACUCUUCAUUUUGUGAUAUCAACUAUCAACGAUUUUGAUAUUAAUAACAACUUUUUACGACAAUUUGUCUACGUUUCACUCGCUUCCACGGGCCGCGUUCCCGCCUCUGCCGUCGCGUUCGUGUGAGUGCAUGUGUUGCCGCGUACGUACCGCGCACCGUCAGUGUAUGUGUGUGCAACAGUUAAAACAAUUACAACAAAAUUGAAAACCAUACACACCCAAAAGCAGAAACAACAUUGACAGAAGAAACUGUAAUUUUUUCAACAUUUUUUUUCCUGUGGAUCCAAAAAUUUGACUAAACUUUGUGCAAGCGAACAAGAAGCGAGCAGAACCAGUGGAAGAGACACCGAAGAAGCAGAAAAGACAGAAUAAGAGGAAGAAGGAACAAAAAUAACAAAAUGGGAAAACGGACGCCGCCGCUGUCCCUUGUCUGGGCAGCGUUGCUGAUGUGCAGCUGCUCGCUAAUAGAGCUAAGCCACGCGGAUCUGGUGCCUAGUCUAGAGAUUCUGCCGAUGCAGGAGGUCCAACGCAAGCCGGUGGGCAAGUCCCUGAUUCUCACCUGCCGACCCACAGUGCCCGAGCCAGCCUUGGUGGCCGAUCUGCAAUGGAAGGACAACAUGAACAACACCAUUCUGCCCAAGCCGCCCAAUUAUGAUCCACUGUACGAUUCCAAGGGGAAUAGAAGGAAAGCAACGGGACGAAACCAGCCACCCAUGUACACGGAGACGCUGCCCGGCGAGAGCCUUGCCUUGAUGAUUUCCUCCCUGACGGUGGAGAUGGGCGGCAAGUACUACUGCACUGCGUCCUAUGCAAAUACCGAAAUUCUCGAGACGAGCGUCACAAUUACAACUUAUGUGGCCAUUACCUGGACAAAUGCUCCAGAAAAUCAAUAUCCGACCCUGGGCCAAGAUUACGUGGUCAUGUGCGAGGUAAAGGCCGAUCCCAAUCCCACCAUUGACUGGCUUCGCAACGGAGAUCCGAUCCGCACUGGCGAUAAGUAUGUUGUGCAGACCCAUGGCCUGCUCAUCCAUGAUGUUCAGGAGACGGACGAGGGCAUCUACACGUGCCGUGCGGCUGUCAUUGAUACGGGAGAGCUGCUGGAGCGCACCAUUCGCGUGGAGGUAUUCAUCCAGCCGGUGAUUGUCAGUCUGCCGGCAACGAUGGAGGCCAUCGAGGGCAAACCCUUUGCGGCCAACUGCACGGCCACCGGUAAGCCAGUGCCGGAGAUCAGCUGGAUCCGGGAUGCCACACAGCUGAAUGUGGCCACCGCCGAACGCUUCCAGGUGAAUCCACAGACGGGUCUGGUCACAAUCAACUCAGUGCGGGAGGACGACUACGGCACCUAUACCUGUCUGGCCAAGAACAAGGCUGGCGUUGUGGAUCAGAAGACCAAGCUGAAUGUCCUGGUACGCCCUGCCAUCUACGAGCUGUACAAUGUGACUGGCAGCAGGACCAAGGAGAUUGCCAUCACCUGUCGGGCCAAGGGACGUCCCGCACCGGCCAUCACCUUCCGCCGCUGGGGCACCCAGGAAGAGUACUCACCAGGCGUCCAGGUCGACGAUGUGCGAAUUGUUUUGGAGCGCUACUUUGACGAGGAUCGCGGCGAGAGCUCUGGCACCCUGCGCAUCGCCAACGCUGAGAGAACCGACGACGGCCUGUACCAGUGCAUUGCGAAGAACAAGGGCGCCGAAGCCUUCAAGACGGGACACAUCACGGUGGAGUUUGGGCCGGACUUUAGCCAGAUGAAGGAGCUGCCGCCGGUGUUCACAUGGGACCAGCGCAAGGCCAAUCUCAGCUGCCUGGCCAUGGGCAUACCGAACGCCACCAUUGAGUGGCACUGGAACGGGCGCAAGAUCAAGGAGCUGUACGACACAAAUCUCAAGAUCGUCGGCGCCGGUCCCCGCAGCGACCUCAUCGUCCACCCUGUGACCCGUCAGUACUACUCCGCCUACAAGUGCAUUGCCACCAAUAUCCAUGGCACCGCCGAGCACGACAUGCAGCUGAAGGAGGCCCGCGUCCCGGAGUUCGUGUCGGCGGCAGUGCCGCGCCAGCUGACGGCCACCACCAUAACAUUUGACAUACGCGGCCCACCCACCGAACUGGGACUGCCCAUCCUGGCCUUUAGUGUGCAGUACAAGGAGGCCCUUAAUCCCGACUGGUCCACGGCGUACAACCGCAGCUGGUCGCCCGAUUCCCCGUACAUUGUCGAGGGUCUGCGCCCCCAGACCGAGUACAGCUUCCGUUUUGCGGCCAGGAACCAGGUGGGUCUCGGCAACUGGGGCGUCAACCAGAAGCAGUCCACGCCGCGCCGCUCCGCACCCGAGGAACCCAAGCCCCUGCACAAUCCUGUCCAGCAUGACAAGGAGGAGCCCGUGGUCGUGUCGCCCUACUCGGAUCACUUUGAACUGCGCUGGGGAGUGCCCGCCGACAAUGGGGAGCCCAUCGAUCGCUACCAGAUCAAGUAUUGUCCGGGCAUGAAGAUCAGUGGCUCUUGGACCGAGCUAGAGGACAGAUGCAAUACGGUGGAUGUGGUCGAGACCACAUCGUAUGAGAUGACCGACCUCAAUGGGAACACGUACUACCGCAUCGAGCUGAAGGCGCAUAAUGCCAUCGGUUACUCGUCGCCGGCAUCGAUCAUCAUGAAGACGACACGAGACAAUCCACAUCCCCGCCCGUCAAAAGGCGGACAAGCUGCUGCUGCUGCUGCUCCGCCGCUGGUUCUACUGCUCUCCACUGCUUUCGCGCUGUUGCUACUGCUCCCGACGACGACUGCUUAAGCGAACAGCCACCAAUCAGCAAGCUGUGCACGGAGGAAUCUUCAACAGAAAGACAGACCACUUUUUCUCUGUCUUUCUUUCAUUAUUUGUCGUCGUCUCCAUUGUGUAAAUAAUAAACCGAAGAAAAGAAAAGGAAAACAGUUUAUCAACCACGAAAAAAAAUAUUAAAAUAGCAUGAAAAGGCGGAAAUAAAUACAUAAUAUACAUACAUACUAUGUGUUGAAUGUGCUCAAGUAGAAAAUAUGUAUGAUCAAUAUGAAGACAAAUAUCACUAAUGGUGGGGUCACCAAGAGUCACCAUUCCAUUAACUGUACAAAAAGAAAGCAAAAGAAAUGAAAUAAUUAAAAAAUAGUCAAUGAAACGGAAUGCCAAAACCUAAUCAUAUGCAUACAUAAUAAUGAUUAACGUUAAUGAUAAUGAUGAUAUAUGUAUGUACUUAUUGUAUGUAUCCUACCAUAACCGAUGUCUUGUUUUAACCACUAAGCCACUGUUGAUUUGUUGUUAUUUAGUUAGUAUGUACCACAGAUAUAAAACAUACCUGUAUGUACGAGUAUAUUUAUGUAUUGUCCACAAUUCUUCCGAAUACGAUUACGAUUACUAUUCCCAGAAACCCGUUCCGCUUAGUUCCAUGUGCAUUCUACAACACUGCCAAGCGUACGAAUCUACAUAAAUUAAACAAAAUUUUAGUGAAAUUCUACAACCAAAAACAAAAAACAACAAAAAUGAAUAAUCAUAUAUCAAAUGCAUACGAGUACAAUUUAUUGAAGAAUAAAUUACAUUUAGCCAAAAGCUUUUCCGCUUCGACGCAGAUGUCAUCAAGCAGUUUCUGUUCUGUUUGUUUUUUGAGCGUAUACGUUAUCCGUUAAGAGGGGGACAAUAAGUAACUAAGUUAAAGCAGCGUUUAAGCAGUGCACACUGCUCGGACUCGGGCUUGGGCUCCACUACGAAUUUUUAUCACAUGGUGUAAUUGAAUUAUGAAAACAA